AUGAGUACCGAGGCAACAGCCAGGGCCUUCUUCUCGGCCCCCGUCUUCGCCGUAGUCGGCGCAAGCUCCAACCCAGCCAAGUUCGGCCACAAGACCCAACUGACCUUCCCGUGCACACACACAGUCUUCGCCUGGUACGCCGCGCGCGACCUGCCGGUGACGCCCAUCAACCCGGGCGCGCCCACCAUCCGCGCCCUGAACAAGGAGCACCCGACCGCGCCCUCGCUGUCCGCCCUGCCCCGGCCCCGCGAGACGGCCGUGUCCGUCAUCACGCCGCCGCCCGCCACCCUCCAGGUCCUGCGCGAGGCCCGCGAGCUCGGCGUGCCCAGCGUCUGGCUGCAGCCGGGCACCUACGACGGCGAGGUGCUGCGGCUCGCGCGCGAGGAGGGCGCCUUCCAGAACGUGGUCGUCGGCGAGGGCGGCCGCGGCGACGAGGGCUGGUGCGUGCUGGUCGACGGGGACAGGGCGCUGCGGCAGGCGGGGAAGCUUUGA